AGAGGGUUAGCAACCUUGGUUUGGAGUCUUGAGAGAGGUACCAAAGGAAAUAUCGCUCAUAUUUCGUUGGUUUGGAAUAAUUCAGCUGUCCAACGUGUUCAGUGGUAUUCGCACAGUGUUGAAAAAUAUAUCAGCUGCUAAUGGGGACUAGAAAUCCCCGACAAACCGACACACGGUGGCUGAGGUUGCAGCGAUUACUGAAGUAAAAACGUAUCCACGGUCAUGAAAUUUUACAUGGUGAUCCUUGAUUUUGAAUGAUAUGCUCGUAGAUCCACUCGGAGAUUUCGGAGAGUUAAUAAUUACCCUAGGAAGUACAUUCAGGCGGGGUGACUGGAAUCACAAGCAGACCACAACAUGACAUCGAAAGUGGUCGACAGAAUCGAUCCCUUCACUAACAAAGUGUCCAUCAAAUCGAAAAAGCAGAAGAGAUCGCAGGGGUCGUCUCAUUAUAGAACUAAAAAUGCCCCUGAAUUAAAGCAGUUACCGCAUCUGAAAGACACACCAAACACAGAACAGCAAAGUUUGUUUAUCAAAAAGCUCCAACAAUGUUGUGUUGUGUUCGAUUUUAUGGACCCAGUGUCAGAUCUCAAGAGCAAAGAAAUAAAGCGGGCAUGUUUGAACGAAUUGGUGGACUACAUCACAGCCACAAGGGGGGUGUUGACGGAGCCCACAUAUCCAGAAGUUGUGCGCAUGAUUGCAUGUAAUAUAUUUCGGUCACUUCCACCUAAUGAUAACCCUGACUUUGACCCUGAGGAGGAUGACCCCACGCUGGAGGCCUCAUGGCCACAUUUACAGCUUGUUUAUGAAUUUUUCCUGAGGUUUUUAGAGUCGCCUGAUUUUCAGCCCAGUCUGUCAAAAAAAUACAUAGACCAGAAGUUUGUCCUUCAGCUACUGGAUUUGUUCGACAGUGAAGAUCCAAGGGAGAGAGAUUUUCUAAAGACAGUUCUCCAUAGAAUCUAUGGCAAGUUUUUAGGUCUCAGGGCUUUUAUCAGGAAACAAAUAAACAAUAUUUUCCUUAGGUUCAUAUAUGAAACAGAACAGUUCAAUGGGGUUGGGGAAUUACUGGAAAUUUUAGGCAGCAUCAUUAAUGGAUUUGCUUUACCACUGAAGACUGAACAUAAGCAGUUUCUUAUCAAAGUUCUAAUACCCCUUCACACCCGGAGUCUCAGCCUAUACCAUGCACAGUUGGCCUAUUGUGUGGUACAAUUCUUAGAGAAGGAUGCUACACUUACGGAAGAGGUCAUUAAAGGGUUAUUAAAGUUUUGGCCAAAGACAUGCAGUCAGAAGGAGGUGAUGUUUUUAGGAGAGACAGAGGAGAUCCUAGACGUCAUAGAACCUCAACAGUUUCAGAAAGUUAUGGAAGCCCUUUUCCGUCAGAUAUCGCGCUGUGUCUCCAGUCCUCAUUUUCAGGUGGCUGAGCGCGCCUUGUACUACUGGAACAACGAGUACAUCAUGAGUCUGAUAGAGGAGAACUCCAAUGUGAUACUUCCCAUCAUGUUCCCAGCCCUCUACAAAAUCUCCAAGGAACACUGGAACCAAACCAUAGUGGCCCUGGUUUACAAUGUGCUCAAAACAUUCAUGGAGAUGAACAGCAAACUGUUCGAUGAGCUAACAGCCAACUACAAGGCAGAGAGGCAGAAGGAAAAGAAGAAAGAAAAGGAUCGAGAAGAGCUGUGGAAAAAGUUAGAAAAAUUGGAAGUCAACAACAAGACAAAGAUCAAGUCCUAACAGAAAGGCCUUGUGAGAAGAAGGGCCAUUCUGCUGUGAGUGCAUGUGACAAGGGGGGUGCGAGGAAUAGGAGGUGGCUGGCCAGGUCUGAGCACACUCUAUCCUGGGGCAGAAGACCUGCCAUGCCAGUUAACAUUGUAACCACACCCUUGUUAUGGUAAACUGUUCACUGUUGUCACUCACCUGACGCCUAGCGGACACUCACUCUGCCCUCACCCUCAGAGCCCUCCCAGAUAACACAGUUCCUGACACCCACUAGUUUUCAUUAAGGACAUGUCUCUGGCCUUUUUUACAUGCUAUUGACAAAGAUACAACAGUAAAGACGUGCAGUUCAAACUACUACCUCGGGGUACACUAACAAUGUAAUGAGACAGUUUUCUGUGUAGAGGGGACAGUCUAACUCUGUGUUACCUGGGAUUCUUGAGCUUGCACAUGACUGACCAGAUAUACAUAAAAACCACACAAGAGCUGGCCUACACAAAGAAAAAGCAGACACCUUUUCUUUAAUUAUUUUUUGGAACUCUAAUGGUUAAGAAUGAAAUAAGUAUAACUAACUGGGAAAGUUUGCUAACUACUGACAAGGAAAAAUUGUUAGCUUAGCGAAUGUCCAUCUUUCAUCGUAUUUGUGAUAUUGGUACUACUAAUUAACCUGUUACUGUGGGAACCGGCUGCAUGCUGCCCUCUCUGAUAACUCACGCUUUGUGUCUGGGUGACUGACAGGCGUCAGUGACAUGGAGUGUGAGAGGCAGGUGCUUCGUGAUAAUCACCUAGAGUUGCCCCCCUCCCCCCCCUUAUAUGUACAUGUGUAUAAACAAGUGAAUAUAUGAGUGCCCUGUGAAUGUAGGGGCUGGUGAAGGAGAUGUGCUACACUUCUGAUGAUAGUGUAAAGUUGUUUGCUAUUUGUACUUAUUUAUUCGUCUGAUGCAUAAUUCUGUUGUUGCUGCUGGUGCCGUUCCGCCUGCUCCAGGAUUAUGGGAGAUGGAGUGAGCAAUCUGUCCUCACAGAAUAGCAAAAUAACUGUCUUCUUUUUCUCUUCAUUUUGUCUGUCCCAAAUAAGCAUUUUUUUAACCUUUCGUCAUUUAUCCUGGCUAAUUACGAUAAACAAGAGUAAAUGACUUAAGCUGCGGUCACAGUAUGUUGGUGUUGUUUGGAUUGAAUAUUUUCAUUGAACACGCUUCCUGAUCUAUAAUGGAUGCAGUGAGAAGACAAACUAAACCUGAUCUGGUGAAGUGUGACCUGAUUCAGCUUAGAAACUAAAGCAAAUUGAACUUGAAAAGACAAUAUUGUGACCAUUGCACAAAAGUAGGACGCAUUGACAUCGGUAUUAAUUUGUGAAUUCACAGCAGCUUUGGUCUUUAUUUUUUAUCUCGAUGGGCAAGAUUAAGUAUCCUUUGUGGAGGUGUCAGUAAAAAGUAGUCACAAAUGCCACAAUAUGGACACAUUUCUGUCCCAUCACAGGGAUUUACAGUUACCUUAUAUUUUGAAUUUUCCUUGGUGAUUAUUGAGAGAAUACAUUGUAAAUGAACUUUUUAUAUUUAAUACUGUAUGUCUCUAUUUUCUUUUUCUUUUUGUCUUUCUCUUCCUCCACCCAUCCGCCCCCUCACCUGCGUUGAUACUUUCCAGAUUUUCUCUCGCAGUUUCUGAGUCAUAAUGUGUGUAAUACUGGUGCCUGGGGUCUGUGGGUGGGAACUGUACAUAACAGUGUCUGUCGGGCAGAAGCUUACUUGUCCAUAAUAUACCCAUAUACUGGUGCAUCUCUUCCAAGUGUAACAUGGCCGUGUAAAUACUUGUACAGCCAGGAAGCCAUCUGAUCACGUCUCUGAUACGAGACAACCCAGUCAUAAUGUACUUGAGACACGUUGUCGUUGUAAGUGUAGUCUUUCCCACGUUUGCCCGUUACCUGUAGCUGUACGAAAUCCCGGCUGUUUUUGCAGCGUCUCCGACACCUGUUGCUUAAUCCUCUUGUUUCAACACUAAUUGUGCAUUUGUCUAUACUUGCAUUGUCAUCUGCACUGCAUGUGAAGACUGGCAAGUGUUGAUGCAGUAUGAUGAUGAAUUUGAUAACUAUGUACAUGUAUCAAGCCAUAACCACGCUGGUCGUGUUAGUCUGGUUUUUUUUCUUCUGUAUUUUAUUUGUUUAUCUGUUUGUGUGUUGAGCCUGAUGACACUGUCUUGUGUGGAGAGGUGAACAGUGUAUUUAUGACACUUCUGAUUUGGCAUGGACAAAGUCCAGGGUGGCAGAUGGUGUGUUUCAACCACAGGUUCUUCGCGUGUGAUUAUGUAGGCAACAGUUUAACAUUUCUCAGCAAAGGUCAGUGAAGUCUUUGGCAUUUUUAUUAUUACUUUUUUUGUUCUCCUAAUUAUUAUUUUUUUGAACAUUUUGUACACAUGCGUUACAAAGGUAGCAUAAUUACCCAUGCAAAUGGUGGGGAACUGAUGGCUUGAACAUAGCAGCAUUACUGUCUUUAUUACCAGAAGUCCUCUCAUUCUCCACACUGUACAGUUAGUAAUACAAGUCAUGGCGGCUUAAUAGUGACUAGCAUGGACAGAGGACACCUACUGUACCUAGUAAAUUUGACUCGGUUCUUCUCUUCUUCUUUUCUCAGUUGUCUUUUGUUUUUAACCGGAUGAGAAUGUUUUCAGAAAUACAUGCAAGUUUUGCAAAUAAGAAAUUUGUGAAAUUAAAGGAAACGGCUAUUCUGAUGUCAGUUGUAAAUGAUUCAUCAGUGCAGUGUACUUCAUCGGGAGUAAAAUCAUUAUUUUAUCACAGGGACAACAUUGUCAUGAAGCCUGUAAUUUGAUGUUUGACUGCAGUUACAGUACACUAGAACAAACCAUAUUAUUUUAACAUCACUUUUCAAAGGUGAUUCUAUUAAGGUAAGCUACUUUAAUAGAAUAAUAGUAAGCUGGUAUCUUCUAAUGACUUUCUGGAUUUAGAUGUUAUUGUACGUUUGUUACAUAUUUUUUCUACUGGUGUUAUGAGCAGAUGUGUGUAUGCAGAUAAAAGGUGAGAAAGCUGUAACCGGUGUGUUUAAGAGAUAUAUUGUUACCAAGAACACAACACAAGUAUGUCACACAGUUCUCUCCCGUCUUAACUUGUUCAUGGCCAUGAUAUUUUGUGUAAAUUCUUAAGUGUUGAUUGGAAGUGGACUUUCUCUGUAACAAGGAAACAAGAAGUUUAACCUAUAUUGUAAAGUAAUAGAUCUGUGCUGUCGUCUUUGGGGAAUGUCAGAGGAUUAACAUGAGGGUUUAUCUGCAGGCGGUUAUACUGGCUAAGCUGUGUCGGUAUAUAUAUUACAGGUGAAGCUUGAUGUACCAAUACCUGUAAACAUGUGGUGCUUAAUACAUGUACUGCCUAUAGUGGAAGAGUGGACGUCCCCGUAAUAACCUGUGUACUCACUCAGUUGACAAGUCUCUAGGGCUAUCUUACAAAUGACAUAUAUACAAAACUACUUGUGCAGCUGUGUCAAGCUUCAUCUAGCACCAGUUAUAUAAUAUUUUUUUUUUCUGUUCUAAUUUUUGAAAUCUUGGUCAUGAAAUUUUGUUAUGUUAAUUAUUAUUAUUAAUGUAUAUAUUGUUGUAAGAUGCUGUUUUGGUAAGUCUAAAGGUCACCCCCUAGGCUCCAGGCUGUGUGAUGACGCCAGACAACCGCUUGAAAAAAAACGUGCAUGGUUUUGUAUGUAAGCUUGGUUGAUCAGACUGUACAUACUGUGUGAAGUGCUAUAAUCAUUCAGGCCUGUCUAGUUUUAUUUUUUUGGUAGGUAGUCGAGCUUUACUGACCAAUAAAGGCUGUUACUGACUAACGUGA